CCCGGCCACCACCGACAGCCAGCCCCGGGCCCACCGACAGCCAGCCCCGGGCCCACCGACGCCUACCGGGCCCACCAGCCACCGGCCCACGACAGCCUUACGGGCCCACCGACAGCCUUACCGGGGACCCCACGACAGCCUUAACCGGGCCCACCGACAGCCUUACCGGGCCCACCCAGCCCUUACCGGCCCACGACAGCCAGCCCUGGGCCCACCGACAGCCAGCCGGCCACCACAGCUUACCGGCCCACCGACGCAGCCUGGCCCACCGACAGCCUUACCGGGCCCACCGACAGCUGCUACCUGGCCCACCGACAGCCAGCCCUGGCCCACCGACCAGCCAGCCCUGGCCCACCGACAGCCAUGCCCGUGCACACGCCGGCCCACCGACAGCCAUGCCCUGGCCCACCGACCAGCUACUUACCCGAGGCCCACCGACAGCCUUACCGGCCCACGCAGCCAGACCCUGGGCCCACCGACAGCCAGCCCUGGCCCACCGACAGCCAGCCCUGGCCCACCGACAGCCAGCCCUGGCCCACCGACAGCCACAGCCCUGGCCCACCGACAAGCCAGCCCGGGCCACCGACAGCCCAGCCCUGGCCCCACCCACAGCAGCCUGGCCACCGACAGCCAGCCCGGGCCCACCGAGCAGCCCAGCCCCGGCCCACCGACAGCUAGCCCGGCCCACGACAGCUCAGCCCUGGCCCACGACAGCCCCGGCCCCCUGACCAGGAAACCACAUACAAACUUCAUAGUUCACACCAGAGCCACCACGACCAAGCCACUUACCGCGGCCCACCGCAGACCCAACCAACACCCACACCAGCACGGCCACCGACCUUACCGGGCCCACCGACAGCCUUACCGGGCCACCGACACCAGCCCGGGCCCACCGACUUAG